UGGGGGUAAAAUCAAAAUUUUAUUUCUGGGAGAGCGUGUAUUUUUGUCACCCUUAUAACUAAUUACAAUACACUAAAUACUAAGUGGAAUAACUAAAAUUAGGGAAUUAUUUUAUGACCAAAUCAAAAGAAGGAUCAUAUUAUCGAAGUUUUUGAAAUAUGUUUAUUGAGGCUGCAAAAAUUCACCUAAUUUCCCAGAAUAAUUUAUUAUCUGAGUAACAACAUAUGACAUUAACCUGUAAAAAUCCCCAAAAACAUGAAACUGAGUAGAAUACUGAAUAAUUUCAUAUAUGAAAUGAUUGCAUGACUAAAUAAAUCUGAAGCAAAAAUUGAACACGUUACAAAUUUUAAUUCCCUGAAGAUAUCUGUGCAGUGUAGUGUUUAUCGGUGAUUUGGAUUUAACAAUAUUGUGAAAGUUUUCUCAGCCUAUGAAUGAUCACUCAGUAAUAACCAAUAAAAUAUGUUAUGGCCUUAUCGCAUCUGCUCUUUUGGCAUCAUGAUAAAAUCAUUAGUGAAUGCAUUUAUGAUACUUCACUUAACGGUGUUUGUUGAAAUGAAUAUCUUUGUACAGUUAUAUACGAGUCAGUUUAACCUCAGUUUGCCAGGUCAACCGUUUAAUUUUAAAACACAGAAUGAUAUUCAGCAACAUUUUACUCGUAAUAAACGUGAAGUCCGUCUAAGUCCAGCCAAAAUCAUUGAGCCACCGAGCAAUGUGAAAGUGAUAAGCGGAGAAACAGCACUCUUCUUCUGCCGUGUAACUGGGAAUCCAACCCCUACAGUAAAUUUUCUGCUUGAUCGUCAAGUUAGCCGGACUGCUCCAGGAGUUGGUGGGGUUUUAAAUAUUCCAGAAGGCAGUUUGUUACGCUUAACCAAAGUACAUCGAGGACAGAAUGGUUUACAAGUUCAGUGCAUAACAAGAAAUCAUGUUGGAGGCGAUAGCGCUUCAGCGUAUUUAACUGUGUACGAUACGAAUGACCGAAUACCUGAUGGCUAUCCAGUUAUCCAUGUACCACCGAAGGCUAGUUCAGCAGCCGUUGGUGAUGUGGCUAGAAUGGACUGUGAAGUCUCCGGACAUCCUCAGCCGUCAGUUAUUUGGCUAAAAAAUGAAAUUCCUAUUCAAAGUAAUGACAAACGGAUAACACUUGUUGGCACUGGUUCCCUGUUGUUCGAGCAUUUACUGCUGUCGGAUGAAGGACACUAUGAAUGUCUGGUGCAUAAUCAAGCUGGAUCAGUAUUAAGUUCCAAAGCCUACUUAAAAGUUAAAAAUACUUACUUUGUACCCAAAAUAAUCGACAAGGUUGAUCAAGUCGGAGUGCGUUCUGGGCACAAUGCUAAUUUGACCUGUAGAGCUGCAGGAAACCCAACAUCAACUACCAGAUGGUUAACUGAUGGUGAACGUCCUAUUACAGAGUAUACGGAAGGCAUUUCUAUACUAUAUUUAGCUGAUAUAACAGAACCUGCUAGAUAUAUCUGUGAAGCAAAUAAUAGUCUCGGGACAGUGCAACAUCCUGUUAGAGUUCAGAUAAUAGAAGUCCCUCCACCUCCAACGGAUUUAGUGUGUUUGGAAAAAGGACCAACGUUUGCAUUUUUACAGUGGUUACCUGCAAAACAGUCUUCGGAUUCCCAUCAAUCUGCUUCACGUACUGUUGAUUCGUACACAUUAUUUCUAACAGAAAUGGAGAAUUCACAGACAGUUGCAAAUAAAAAACAAUUAACAGAUAUACCAGCACGUCAGUUUCAUCUACAUGGAGCAUUACAGUAUAAACUGACAGAUCUAAAACCGUAUACAAUGUAUUCAGUAGAAGUAUGCGCAGUCAGUAAUCUCUUGGGAAUGUCUGAUCCAAGUAAUAAAGUGAAUUUUUUGACAAAAGAAUUGCCCCCAAGUUCAGCUCCACACUCCAUCGAAACUGUAGCAACUUCUGAUGAUUCAAUUCUAGUCAGCUGGAAGCCACCGAAAGAAGCAAACGGGAAAAUUAUUGGCUAUCAGAUUCUGUACAGUCGAAAUCCACAGGCCCCAUUAAUACAAUGGCAAAAAGUCGGAACACAAUUUGAAAGCAUCAAACUUGAAAACCUACUUACCUCAGAAACUUAUCACAUUCGUGUUAGUGCGCAUAAUUCAGCUGGUGAAGGCCCUCUGACAGAUUCUUUUCCAGUCUUAGUCAAAUUUGGAAUUCCAUCACAACCGCGCGAAUUUAUUGGCUUAAGUUUUAAUCCAAAGGAGAUCCAUCUUAGCUGGAUAGCACCUAAUCUACCCGUGAAAACUGGAUUACAAGACUACCUAUUAAAAUAUCGUUUAGCAGUGGAUAGCACUUCUGACAACGGAGAAAAACAACAGAAGAAACAACAACCAAUGGAGAUUAAACUAUCUGCGGAAUCGACAGAGUAUGUAAUGGAAAAUUUGGUUCCAAAUUCAACGUAUCACAUUUCUUUAGCUGCUCGUACAAAGUAUGGCGCUGGUAUAGCAGCACAGAUAAAAGUUCAAACUGACAGUAUUGUUCCUGGAGCACCAAUUCUGCAUGGACUUAGUAUACUGGAUUCCUUCAGUAUACGAAUUCGAUGGUUAGCACCACGCGGUGUUUUGGAUAACAUAAAUGUUUCACAGUAUGUACGUCUUCUCAGCAAUUCUUUAUCGAAGGCUGAAAAACCAUCGAAAGUUUUGCACUACUUAAUUCAGUGGUCAGCAUUUCCAUUUACGGAUUGGGAACAAAAUAAAAUAUCUGUGAAUUAUUUAUAUCCUACACAACAAAUUUAUGAAUAUAUUAUUCAUGGUCUUUUAUCACGUACUACAUAUCGUAUUCGAAUAAUGGCUGUUGGUUCAGAGGGGAUGGGUCCUGCUCUUGAAUUGGGUCCAAUUAAAACGAAAGGUCAAGUUCCGUCGGCUCCACGAAAUCUACGCCUCAAUCAGUUGAGAAGAGCUACUCCACCCGGUGCAAGUGAUCCAAAAGCAGACUAUGCAAUCUUGGAGUUAGCGUGGGAUCCUCCAGAAAGAACACAUGGCGACAUUCGAGGUUAUCAAGUGUCUCAUCGUUUGAUUGGUCCUAUUGAUGUUCUGUAUAAUCAUCCAAGUCGCCUGGAUACUGAUUUGAACUCACGUGUUACGGCUAAACCAGUAAUUAGGAAUGUUACACAAACUGCAUAUACUUCAGGUUUAUCGGAUGGAAUAAAAUUUGGUCGCACCUACCAGUUUGAAGUUGCCGCAUAUAAUGGAGUUGACCUUGGUCUUCCUGCUCAAUUAAAUAUCAGUACACCAGAAGAUGUGCCUGGAAGCUAUCUGUUACAUGUGCGCGUUAAAGGUCUUUCAGCUACUGCUAUUGAAGUUUCAUGGACUCCACCUUCAAGACAAAAGUGGAAUGAAGAAAUUAUGAGCUAUCAGGUUCGAUAUUUUCAACCAAGUGCACCGAAUGAAACCGAAGUUAUAACAACAACACAGGAGCCACGUUUACAAAUUGAAAAUCUUAAAGAGCGUACAUUUUAUACUGUAUUGGUGAGAGCAUUAACUAGAAAUGGAGCAGGACCGUGGUCAGCAGCCAGCACUAUUCGAACUACUGCUGAAUUGCCUGAGCCUCCUUCACAAAUUAAUGGUUUACGAAUUAAUCCAAGACAAAUAAAAGUCACAUGGAAUACAAUGCCUGUAGGUCCUCUAGCAAAACCACAAAUACCAAUAACUGGAUUCCGUAUAUUCUAUUCAACAAAUGAAAAUACCCAGGAUUUGAACACAUGGCAAGUUCUAGAUGUAGGACCAGUAACGAUGGCUACACUUGACCUGUUAGAUCCACAGAAAGAUUAUGUCAUAAGAAUUAAGUCAAGAGGAGCUGACAGGAGAUAUGGACGACUGAGCGAAGCUAUUCAUGUUGGAACUUAUAAUCCAAAUGAACUCACUGGAAUAAAUAAAGAAACUAUAAAUAUGCCCGGAUCAGGACCAGAAGAUUUAUCGUGUACAUGGGUUCAAACACUUGAAACGGCGAAACCAGGAGAAGCAAGUCUAAAGAUUGCAUGGAAGCGUCCUCGACAGCUUGAAGGCCUUUAUCAGUUUGAGAUUCAGUUGCUUGGUUCAAAAACCUAUACCGAUGAACGUAAUCAUCCACACCGUAUCCUAUACGAACCACGAUCAGUGGAAGUGACAGUUUCGAUGUUGGAACAGUCUCCAACCACCUCUGUUAAUACUAAUGGUUAUAUGGCACCUGCCGCAGAAAACUCUCAUUAUGAAUUAGUAAUUGAUGAUCUAGAGGCAAACACUGUAUACGACGUACAAAUCCGACCUAUUUAUACAAAACAUGCUCAAAGUACAGUUAAUGAGAUUUCAACCUUAACAGGACGCACAAGCUGUCGCACUCAAAUGCUUCCCCCCAUUACGGUUCCACGACCUAUACCAGUCCAAGUGAAACCCGAUACAGGACAGGUAGUUAUCAGAACAUUUCGUGUUUCUGAGAGUCUUGGUCGUAUAAGAAGGUACUAUUUAGUCCUAUACAAAGUUGCACCGACGGAGUCACCGAAAAUAACUCCAAAAUCAAAAGAAUUUAACUGGCCACAAAAGCUUCAUGAAGCAUCAAACUCUUGGGAUCCAAACCUUUUUAUUGCGGCUGAAUAUAGUCAAGAAGCGUUUAUUGAACCACAUUUGGAAAUAGUGUUGAAUUUGCCAACACCAACGGUGAAACGCUUUAAACGCAUGACAGGAAAUAAAGUGAAUUCUUCUACCAGUCGAACUCACCAAAUGCAGUAUGACAAAGCAACUUCUAGUUCACUACCUGAAGUUCUAGUCCAUGGAAGACAACUGAUUAAAAAUCAAAAGUAUAUGGCAUUUGUCCUAGCAUGUAUUUAUCCAAAUAUGUUGCCUCUAGGAGGAAACACAAAUCAUAUAUUACUGGAUUCAAAUUCGUUAGAUUAUAACAGAGGACAGACUUUAGAAGAUGAAGAGAACCUUACCACAGAUCUUUGUACGCCAAGUUUAUGGUCAGUAGACUUUCAACCUGAUCAGGCAAUAUCUUAUACAGAUAAACAAAUUGGUGACAUGUAUGCUAGUGAACCAAAGGAAAAUGAUGUCCGCCAGAACAGUGCUAUGCAAAUAUCGAAUUCAAAUACCCAAAGUGAAUUUUUCGCUAAAUUAGCUGGUAGUACAGACUUUUUCACCAUUACACUGAUUGUUGUCAUUGCAAGCCUUAGCAUACUAGCUACAGUUUGCACUGCUGUAGGAUGCUUUUUGAGAAAACGUCGAACAAAACCUAUGGAUAAUGACAUGUCAAUAACACUAACUCCAUCAGAUGGCAUGUUAAAAACACCUCUGAUGCCUCAAUCAGUUCAGAAUUUUUCAGGAGCCAACGGUGCUGUUGAACACGAUCAAAUGGAUCCUGAAACACCAGAUGUUGUUCCACCGGUCAGUUAUAAGAUAAAUAAUCCUACGCCGAUUCAUACGCCAGUACGUUCUGCCAUACCAAUCUCACGUUUACCAGAACAUGUAGCUAUGCUCAAACGUGACAGUGGGAUAGCUAUAUCAGAUGAAUAUGAAAGUAUUGAAACACGUACAGAUUUAACCUGGAAACAUGCUAACUUGGAGGAGAACAGACCGAAAAAUCGCUAUGCUAAUGUGAUUGCCUAUGAUCAGUCACGUGUCAUUUUAAGUGAAAUAGGUCACGUCCCUGGUUCUGACUACAUUAAUGCGAAUUUCAUUGAUGGAUAUCAAAAGAAAAAUGCUUAUAUCGCAACUCAGGGCCCAUUGCCAGGAACAUUUUAUGAUUUUUGGCGAAUGGUUUGGGAACAAAAUAGCCGUGUGAUUGUAAUGAUGACACGUCUUGAAGAACGGGCACGCAUAAAAUGCGACCAGUACUGGCCUAAUAGGGGAAGAGAAAUAUUCACUUACCAACAGCAGCAACAAUGUCAACAACAAGAACAUAAUACUAAAACAAAUUAUAAUAUUAAUUAUGCCUCAGUGCCUACAUAUACUGUUAUUACGAAAGAUAUACAGGAAUUUGCAUAUUAUACAUUACGUACAUUUACUUUACAACGCAAUAAUGAGACUAAUUUGGUUGAUCCUGAAUCCAGUGGUUUGAAUCAACAUCAUCGUAUUACCGAUCCAAAUUCCAGUAUUGAAGAAAGAGAGAUUAAACAGUUUCAAUUCACAGCAUGGCCUGACUAUGGCACACCAGAUUACCCUCAACCAUUAUUAUUGUUUAUACGACGUGUCAGCCAAAUACGUUCUCAUCUCAUCCAUCAGAUGCAGCAAGAACGUUUAAUCAACGAUGAGAAACAUAACUCAAGAGAUUUAAAAUUAACACAACCGAAUGAUACCCGUAACUCUUUGAACUUAAAUUUAUCUGAUGAAAUUGGACCAUUAAUUGUACAUUGUUCAGCUGGAGUUGGACGCACAGGUGCAUUUAUUGUCAUUGAUUCACAACUCGAACGACUCAAGCAUGAGAAUUCCGUCGAUAUUUUCGGUGCAGUGUGUCGAAUGCGAGCUCAAAGGAAUUUUAUGGUUCAAACAGAAGAACAGUAUGCAUUUCUGUAUGAUGUUUUCGUAGAAGCAGCUGAAGUACAUGGCACUGAAGUUACAGCACACGGACUAUAUAAUCAUGUUGUAAAACUUCGUCAACCUGUUCCGACUUGUGUAUUAGCACGCUAUAAUUUGCUACCCAAUGGUUUACAAGAGGAAUAUAUUAACAGUAUUAAUACAAAUAACAAUCAGUUGGCAUCAUCGAUAAAAAUUUCAAGUUUAGAACUGGAAUUUAAGAGAUUAAAUCGUAAUUUACUGAACAAGCGCCAAAUAUCUACAGCAUUAACAAACGAAAAUCGAAUGAAAAAUCGUGAUGGAGACGUACUGCCUUAUGAAUCCAAUCGUGUGUGUUUACCAGUAAUACGUGGAAUAACUGGGUCAGACUAUAUCAAUGCUAGUUAUAUUGACGGAUAUCGUAAGAACCGGGCUUAUAUUGCAACGCAGACGCCUCUACCAAGUACAGUCGAUGACUUCUGGAGAUUAAUCUGGGAAUGCAAUUCACCCAUUAUAGUGGCAUUUUGUGACAAUCGAGAAGCUAACUUAGUACCAGCAGACGUUAAUCAGUACUGGCCAAGUAACAGGUCAACAAGAUAUCAGAAAAUAAUGGUUGAGCCUAUGGUUGAGUAUAAUAUGCCACAUUUCAUACUACGUGAAUUUAGACUCACUGAUACAACAGAUGGUCAAUCACGAACUUUACGACAAUUUCAACUCCAUGGAUGGCCAAACGACAGCAUAGUACCGAAAUCAGCCGAAGCAAUUAUUGAUUUGAUUGGACAAGUACAUAAAACUCAAACUCAGUUUGGACAAGAUGGUCCUAUAACUGUACAUUGCAAUUCUGGGUCGGGAAGAACUGGUGUAUUUAUAUGCUUAAGUCUUUUAUUAGACAGGAUGAGGUGUGAAGGUAUGGUUGACAUGUUUUUAAUUACACGUAUGCUACGUACACAACGAAUAAAUACCAUACAGACAUCUGAUCAAUAUGCAUUCUGCUAUGCAGCUACUCUUGAAUAUUUAGCUUCGUUUGACCAUUACAUGAGUUAAUAAUUACACAUAUAUAGUCGUGUUCAGCUUCACAGUCACAAAUUAUAAUUUGCAAUUCCAACUCUCUGUAAAUACUUUCUUUCUUAAACGUUGUGCAUAUGCUGUUAGACAGUUUAAAAAUUGCAAAUAUGAUGUUAUGAAACAGAAGGACAAUAAGAAAAUGCAUUUAUCACCUGAAACCAAUUGAACAGAAUUUUGUAUUGAGAAUUUUUUCCGUUUAUUGUGAAAAAAAACUGGAAUCAGCAAGUCUUCAUUUUAAAAAGAAUUAUACACAAUACACUUAUAUUUAUUUACCUAUUUAUUUAUAUAUACACACAUAUGUAUUUAUCAUUGAUAUGUAAAUUAAUUACUUUCCCUGGAUGGAAUAUGCAUUUUAACUUUUCCGGAUUUCUAAAUUUUGUGAUAUAAACUUGUUGGUUUUGUCCAGUCUUCGCUUUCCUUGAAAAUUUGUCUUUUUACACAUACCAGAAAGUUUCUUUUUGUAUUUUUCCACUUUUACUUCUUGUUCUUGUUUCUUCUUUGUGUUUUCAAAGAAUUAGGCCUAAUGAAACUAAUACUAUGAUAAUGUAUGCACCAUUUUCAGAAAUAAUAUGCAUGUGUACAAGUCUAUUCAUAUAAAUGAAUAAUUAAAUUUUGUCUGUUCCCUAGUAGAAUUCACAUAUAAGUGUACUGAUAACUGCUAAUCGUAAAAUCUAAAAAUAUGAUUUUUGUACCACUUCAAGUUUGUCAGACAAAUAAAUAUAAUGCAUUCCACAUAGUGUUGGUGUCUUCAGUGGAAGCUCAUUGCAUUUUCGAUGGCAUUUAUUAUAUUAUAUUAUGUUUUUAUCACUUUAUCAUACAACAAAGCUGAUAUACCUGCUUACCAUUCGAAUUAUCUAAGCAUAAAAUUGUUUAAUAGAGAAAAUUUUGGAAAAAAAACAUU